AUGAACGGGCACAAGACGGUCUGCAUCGUGGGCGUUGCGGGCUUCAUCGGCUCUCACCUCCUAGAAAAGAUCAUCCGCGAGAAGGACUGGCAUGUCGUCGGCAUCGACAUGGUUGCGCCGAGCAAGAUCCAGCAGCUACUCGGCGCGGAGAAGAAGUGGGCGGCGCGUUUCGAGUUCCACCAGGCACGGCCUGCCCGCACACCCGCCUCGCUGCACGCGCUCCCCCUUUCCCCGCCGCCACCUGCGGCGUCUUCAGAGCAGAGCAAUGCGCCGCCUCUGCCGCCUCUGCGCGCUCUGCGCCCGACUUUCAGUGUGCCUCUGAUGGACGUCACGACCAAGGAGGGGGUAGAGUGCAUGCGCGAGCAAAUCAAGCGAUCCGACACGGAUUGCAUCAACUUUUGCGUCGAGUUCAACAAGCACCUGAUCCACUUCUCCACCUGCGAGGUGUACGGCCGCACGCUCUCCUCGUACGGCCUCGACGCGGCCGACCCGAAGAACUACAUCCUGGACGAGGAGACGACGCCGAUGAUCAUGGGCGCCGUCUCCGCGCAGCGCUGGUGCUACGCGUGCGCCAAGCAGCUCGUCGAGCGGCUCAUCUAUGCGCACGGCACGCAAAACGGGCUCAAGUUCACCAUCGUGCGGCCGUACAACUGGAUCGGGCCGCGGAUGGACUACAUCCCGGGCGUCGACGGCAAGGACGACGGCCAGCCGCGCGUGCUCGCCUCCUUCAUGACGGCGCUCAUGAAGGGCGACCCCCUCGUCCUCGUCAACGGCGGCGAGGUCUUCCGCACGUUUUGCUACGUGGACGACGCGUGCGACGCGGUGGUGCGGAUUGUGGAGCGACCCGAGAAGUCGCAGGGCCGCUGCUUCAACGUCGGCAACCCCGACAACAACAUCCGCAUCUCGGACCUCGCCGAGCUGAUGAUCGACAUGUACUCGAAGAUCACGGGCAAGCCAAAGGGCACGACCGUCAAGAUUUCGGGCGAGGAGUACUACGGCGCCGGCUACGAGGACUCGGACCUGCGCAUCCCCUCGAUGAGCCUAGUCAACAAGCAGCUCGACUGGAGCCCAAAGACGACGCUCAAGGAGGCGAUGGAGUCGACCAUGCGCGUCUUUAUCGACAAGUACGCCGACAAGCUCGCAAACAAGAAGCGGUCGGCGGACGAGGCGGCGCCCGCUAUCAAGGCUGCCAAGGUCUAA